UUCAGUGAAGCUCUUUGUGGUUCUGACAUUUUUCUGGGCGGAGGAAGAGGCGGACUAGGGUUGUCCCGCCCGGGUCGACCCUGAAGAGACGUGAUGACGUGGCAUGCUGUACGUGUGUUGUCAACUGGCGCCGAGCAGAUGCAGUCAGAGGGUCCCAGCGUCCUGCUGCUCGAGCCGUUUUACGGCGGCUCUCACAAACAGCUGAUCGACCUGCUGAGCGAAGACGUCAGCGGCUGCUCCGUCUUCACGCUGCCCGCCAAGAAAUGGCACUGGAGGGCGAGGACAGCGGCGCUGCACUUCAGCCAGACCGUCCCCACCUGCCCAUCGUACAGAGUCCUGUUCAGCAGCUCAGUCCUGAACCUGUGUGAGCUGGUGGCUCUCAGACCCGAUCUGGCCCGUCUGAAGAAGGUUCUGUACUUCCACGAGAACCAGCUGGUUUAUCCGGUCCGCAAAGACCAGGAGAGAGACUUCCAGUAUGGAUACAACCAGAUCCUCUCAUGCCUGGUCUCAGAUGUGGUGGUGUUUAACUCCGUCUUCAACAUGGACUCCUUCCUGUCUUCCAUCUCCUCCUUCAUGAAGAAGAUACCAGACCACAGACCCAGAGACCUGGACCUGCUGAUCCGACCUAAGUGUGUGGUCCUGUACUACCCAGUUCGGUUUCCUGACAUCAGCAGGCUACUGCCCAAACACAAACUCCUCCGCAGGCCUGCAGAGACGUCUCAUGUUGAUGAUGUCAUCACAGAGCAGGGCGAGCAGCUGGCGCCAUGGUGUGAGCAGGAGGAUCCACAUCAGUCCGUGUCUGAUCCCAGAACAGACCAGAGACCAGAUGGUGAAGAGGACACCAUGAUGAAACCUCUGCACAUUGUCUGGCCUCACAGGUGGGAACACGAUAAAAACCCUGAGCUCUUCUUCUCCACUCUCAUCAAACUGAAGGAGCGACAGGUCGACUUUCACCUGUCGGUGCUCGGAGAGACGUUCACCGAUCCACCAGAGAUCUUUCUGGAGGCCAGACGUCUGCUCGACCGUCACAUCCUGAACUGGGGUUUCCUGUCCAAUAAACACGAUUACCUCAGAGUGUUGUGUCAGGCCGACGUGGUUGUCUCCACCGCCAAACACGAGUUCUUCGGAGUCGCCAUGUUAGAAGCUGUUCACUGUGGCUGUUAUCCGCUGUGUCCAAAGGCUUUAGUGUAUCCUGAAUUAUUCCCUGCAGAGUACCUUUACUCCACACCUGAGCAGCUCUGCAAACGGCUGCAGAACCUGUGCAGGAGGCCCGACGUCGCCCGCAAACACGUCGUCAAGGUCGACUGCUCCUCCUACUCCUGGACGUCUCUUAAGGAGCGUUUUGAGACUCUGCUGGCAGCGAAGCAUCUCUGAACGCACCACAGCGGCUUCAGUCCAUUAGUCGGCUGGUUUGGAGGUUGUCGGAGCGUCUGCCAGGCCGUCGUCAUGCCUGACUCGACGCCACGUCCCACAGAAAGCGGCGGUGACUUCCAGCCCGUUUCAGGCACCUCUGAGCCCCAAAUCAAAGGCAGGCUGGCGGGCUGGAGACACCGAGUCUGGACCUGUAAACGUCCCCGUCCUCUCAGGCUGGAGGAGAACUUUCUUUUAUGUGUGUGGUUUGGGUGGAGGAGGGGGGUUAACGUGUAAAAGCUUUCAUGUUUCCACAGGCGGUGCCACCUCAUAUAUCCGGCUGGAUCCAUUUUUAUCCUUUGUGCUGUUGAGUUUGUGUUGUUCACCACAGCGACUGAGCGGCAGCCAGACUGUGGUUUCUGUCUGCAGCUCCACCUGAGCUGCCAGGUCCAGGACGGAGGAGAAACCAGAAUGAAGUGGAUCUGCAGACGUUUCGUACCCACUGAGGCGACCUCAGGCACAGUUAAAAACCUGAACAAGGAGCUAACAGUUUGAUUUUAUCCAAACAAAUUUAAAGAUAUGUCAGUUUUAAUAAGAAUUUGUUUUUAGGAGACUACUUUGAACAUUUUUGAUUAAACACUUCCUGUGAUCAGCUAACUUUUGUCUGUUAAUAAGAUAAAUUGUCAAUUAAAACAUAAAUAGCAAAAUAAAACCCAUAUGGAGGCCCAUCCCUACCAAGAAAUGAAAAAGAUGGAUGACAAAAAACAGGAAAUACUAUGAAAUAAAGAUAGAGAUUAUAUAAAAAUUAAAACCGUCAGAUUUCUUAGUAAAUAAGCUUAUUGAAAGAUUGCUGGUCAGAAUUUUGAGGUAACAACAAAAAAUUGCACAAAGUAUGAAACUAUAGCUUAAGCAUUGAUAAGCUGAAGCUUACUGGAUACUGAUCUGAGAUAAUCUGACAGUCAGUGCAGCACUUUGUGUUUUCUUAUCAUUACAACCUGACAGUUGUGUAGUUGGCGAGCGGUUUUCUCUGUAUGUUUGAAGCUGAGUUCAGUGAGCAGCUCACAGCUUCAGGCCUCAGUUUACUCCUUCAGCUCUGCAGCCACACAGAAACAUCUCCAGCCUUCACACGCAGAAACAAACCGCUGCGUUUAGAUGUGACCUCAGGCCAGAGAAUCAAACGCUUUAAUCACAGCGCAGGAAGAGCCUCGCUGCAGCGUCUGCAUGACACAGCUGAUCCAAAGCGACAGCAGGCUUUAAAUGCAACACCACCACUCGGCGACUGAGCACGCUCAGACGCCUCGGGUCACUGCUUCAACCGAAACCACCUCGGACUGUCCUCGCGGCAGUCGCACAGCAAACACACACAGUAAACAGCUGUAUUAACAGGCCAAUGAAAAGCUUUAAUGCCUCUGUGUUUUAUGGAGUCUGCAGUAAAGUCUUUAUGGGUGUCAUGUUGUUCUGGAGGUUUAUGAUGUCAUCAGGUCGUGACCUGAGCUCCAGGCUGAUGUCACUAGCAACCAAUGAUGAAAAUGAAAAUUACCGAUGCUGUUCUGACGCCUUUUAAAACAAACAGAUUCAUUUCGUCUCAUAAAACAGCAGGAAAUGUGCUGAAAAUGUGUCUUUACUUGCAGCAGUUGGUUAUUUAGUUAAUUGGUCAUUAUUUUCAUUACUGUCAAUUACUGUUUUGGUUUUUCAAACAGAGAUACCAAACAUCUAAACCAAAGUCAUUCCUGAAUUGUUUCAUCUUUUAGAUUAAGUUGAAGAGCUUGUACAAAACAGGAUUUUACCUUGAAAGAAUAAUAAAGAGAAAAUGUGACACUGAUCAUUUUAA